CGGUAAUAAAGGUGAAGCAAGCUCGUUCGUUAACAACACCUCAUCGGCUAUCACCAUUGAUGGUAUACCGUCAAAGAACGUAGUCGCUUCUAGAUAAAAUCGGUUACGUCCUCGACGAUGAAACUGUUCUUGAGCAGUCAGGAUUGGGAAAAAAGUGUGCACAUGCCACAGGGUAGUUAUCCAUCAAAAACGCUGGUCAUGUCGAUGAAGUCGAUUGAGCGUGAUCGGUGAAAUUGAUCAUGAUGAACAAUGAAGUACAGGAGGAUUGCUUCGCUAUUCGUAUCUAUUCAGAUUCUCCUCUGCCUCGGCGUCUCUUGCUAUGUAUUGGUACUUGCAUCGUGAUCGCAUCUUGUUGUUUAGAAGAAGAAGACAUAGAGACCCCGCCGACACCCGGGCCCGGCCCGAAUUGAUACCCAUAUCUUGCAUAAAAUUGUAGUAUCGCAUAAGUGCCUUAUUCGUGUAGUUCGUGGUCACAUUGGUAGUUACGGGUGAGGAAGUACUAGAAGUCUACUUUUGCCAUUCUUCAAUCUUUGAGAUGUUGUAACAAUUGCAUCAUAACAGAGAAGUGGCGGCACAAAUACAACAGCUACGCCUGUCAACCCAUAAUUGUGAUUUCGCAAGUUUCAUAUUUGGACGAGAAGCAAUCGCAAUGCGAAUGCUUAAUAUGAACUUCAAUCUCUUGCGUUCAAUCUCUUGCGACUGCCUCUUUGACACUUGCUCAUGAAGGUUUUUAACCUUGGUAAAUAUAUUCAGACAUCGCAGAACACCCGAAGCAUCAUCUUCAUCACCCGGGAAAGCCUUCUCCUGCAUUCCGCCUUACUUCUCUUUCCACUACUCGUACCAAGACUUUAUCGAAAGCAACGAUGGUGACCGGAGGUAUUGCGGUUGAAGAGGUGGUUGAUAGCGCUACGGCGUUCACGGACAUCGCAAUCGAAGCCGACGGUUCUGUACGACCACAAAGGCAUGUCGAGGCAGGUGGAUCGUCUUCUAGUACAGCUGGAUCGCAGUGGUCCACAUCGACAACCGUGGUGUCCGACGACCAGUACUCAGCGGGAACAAUAUUCAUUCAACUUAGGGCUCUCUGUCGAGUUUGAGGCGAAAUCUUCUGACACAUCUUUCUCGUAUUGAUCCUUGCACCCGCGCUUCGCUCGCGUUACUUUCGUGCUGAAUAAAUACACUUAUUAGCCGACGGUAAAGCUUGGCUCGUUUAGCUCAAAUUUUUUCCCCUAAUGUUUGAACCCAUGGACCACGCGGAUUGGAGCAAGAGAUUGUAUACUCAUUGGAGCAGACGACUGCACUCGAUGCAGUAGCCACACGGGUGGGUACACUUACGAUAACGUACUUGUGGUUUCUUUUUCUUUUGUUCCUCGCAGCCGCGCUUCUCUGUGGUGCGAGGCGGAUCCCGAGAGCAGCGCAUCGAACGGCGCUGGGCUUCUUCGCAAUCGUGCUUUUCCUCAGCCAAUUCCCGGAAAUACUUGUGAAGGUGCUGUACGGCAUGUAUGACUACGCGCCAUUAGCGGCACCGCAAUAUCACAUGGUAGUGGUCCAUUCCUGGAGUCUUUUGCUUUUGUUGAUAAUUAGUAAGAAUCCUUCUAUAUUAUCUCGUGCUCGUCGUUUGCGGCUAGUGUGCGAGCACGAAAUAGAGUGCAUUAUAUAUAUUUUGAUCGUCACCUCUUACAUCUUCACCAACCUCAAAGAUACAUCAUGCACUACCUCCUUUUUCGUAAUGUCGCCAACGUCUCUUCUAUCUUUUAUCCGUAUUGUCAAUAACAGACGCUGAUGUUUUUCGGCGGACUUGUUGGAGCUGGUGUUGGUUUUUUCAUUCCAAAAGUACGAAAAUUUUUUGCCGGAUGGUGUAUGGGGAUAGUGCUUGGAAUGGGCGUAAUACGCAUUGUUGGGGACUUCACAGCUCUUUUGGAUAGUGGCAAAACAAACCAUGCAGAAGCCUAUCUCGGAACCGGAUACUACGGAACCGUCCACGUCCUCUACUUGUUAAUCUUAUGGAUGAACAAAGAGAAGGUACUAGAACAAGCUAGCCUGGUGUGCGUGUGCAGCUAUUCCUGUUGUUGUCGUGAAAAAUCAAAAUUGCUAAUGUUCUUCAACAUCGAGAUCAUAUAGAUGAGAAAAUUCUACACUCGUUGUCGUUUCUUUCGAGCUCCAUAAUUCUAGGCACGAGUAGUCUUCAGCUUAUAACUGCCCGCCUGUUUGUGUUCUUCUUCUUUCUAAUUUACAUGGGUGGCGGAUCAGGCGCAGGUUUAUCUAUCUACGCGCCUAAAAAUAACUUCCUCUACACCGUGUAUCUGUGCUUUACAUACGCAUUCAUCGCGGCGUCCUCACUCGGAGAGCUAUGCGUGUCGGCCACAAUAUCUCUCUCUCCUCUUGAAAACGAUCCUGUCGUUGGUCCCAUGAUGCCAGAAACUGCGGCACGCGCCGUCUACCUUCUCCAAGACCUCUAUGGUCGCUCAUUGGCUUCUCCAGGAGCCCCAUCUUCCAUGAACGCUGGAUGGCGUACGCUCUACCAUAAGCGGUUACCAUUGCCACUGCAAGGCCUAAGGAGAAUGGUAAUGUUGUGAUUUUUCUCUUUCGCUCUCCACAUAAGUAUGAAACUACACAAGUAGUAUGUGGAGGCGUUCUUUAUGCCCCGCCCUCGUCAGUUUACUUGUGCUCACCCUUUUAUCCAUCAAGAACAAGAAUGACAUGAUCAUCAGCCCGAGAUCCAACUUGCCGUCGACGCCAAUAUGCUUGACGGAUACAUGGAGCCGGACCAUGAUGUUGACGAUGCCUUUCACUAUGUGAAGCAAGUAUGCGACUUUGCAUUUCGGCCACCGCCGUUCGCAGCCAACGCACCAGCGUAUGUGACGCUUGGCUUCGCUUUCUUUGGGCUCUUCAUAGUCGGGUUGGUCCGAUUUGCACAGACGCAAUCUCCAGACCUAGUGUGGCGUUAUCGAGGAUGGGAGCCGUUCUUGGUGAUGCGAGUAUGGGAUCCGACGCUGGAGCAUACAGACGCAGGAGCAGACAAGAUGGGCGACUGUAAUAUUUAUUCUUUCAUCAAAGUGAUGAUUGAAUAAUGUUGAUGAGAUCCUUCAUUCUCCUCGAAAUACAUCGCACAAUUUUUGACAAGGUUCCGAUUGUCUUCUUCAGCCUGCAGCCAUGAUAAAUAUCAAUUUUUCUGAAUUUUCGAGUAAGAGGCACAAGAAACAUGAUCGAAAUCGCAUAGGCACAUGAUCUUCCCUUUCCAAAACAUUCCAUCAAAAAAACAGUCGGGGCCGCCGAAGCUGGAGGGGACGGAAGCGGGAUGAAACAGAAUCCACUGGAUCGGCAACCGGAGGCAACCGUGUGGAUCCCUUAUGCAAAGACAAACGUCGAAAAAGGUCGAUUGCUAGCAACUCAUAGCCAACGACAAUUUUCGUACUACGACCUCGAGCCAGAAGCUGUCGCGAACGAACUCAUGGACGACCAACUGCAUGGAAUGUUACACGAUGAUACUUUGGACGAUGGUGUAGAACUUGGCGGCGGGGAUGAAGCCGCGCCUGCACUACUGGACGAGAUGUAAAUUUACGUGAGCGGCUACCGGCUCUCAUCACAGCACUAAUUUGUACCGUCAUCCGCGAGGCAUCAGUGGUUCAUGUACGGGAACGCCCUUCCAAGAAGCAGAAGAGGACGGCACUGGUCUCGUUCUUGUAGCUUUUCUCACAGAAGCUCCGAUGCUGCAUGACUCGUCGUAAAUUACCCAACUAAACAAGACUGCAUCACUGAACUGAUAUCUUUCUUCAAGAAAAGAAUGGGCUACUCAAUCACAUAGAAAGGUCCAAGAUUGUGACUUCUUUACACAAAGUCGUGAUUGUGAGUGUUCGCAUUUUUUCACUGCGAAAAAUUACAGUUCUGCUGCAGCGGUCUGGAUGUCAACACGACGGACCCGCGGCAUCGUCAGGACCCUCAGUUUCUCUUUGUUUUUUUAGGUCUUCAUAAUUCUACAUGGGUUCAUGACAGACCUUAUUGAUUAUCACACACCUGGACAACGCGAUAUUAAGUAGAAGAAUCAUUCAAUCGUGGAAUAAUCGAGUUCGAGCGACGAGGCACAGUGUAGAAGAGAGUCCAGUUCCUUGAGACGCAGCUACAUGAUCGUCC